UCCAGGAUUGCGAUGCUUACCUGUUUCUAGGCAAGAGUUGUCAUUCUGAAUAUGCCGUCCGAUCUUUGAUGCCCUUCUCUUGAAGUAUUUAUUUCAGUUCCGGUUAUAAAUUAUAUACUGAAUGCAGACCCUAUAGGCUCUGUAUGCCCGGCAUGCUGCAUGAUUGGUCGCUGAGUUGAAUACAAGCAAUGCAUUCCAGUCUGUCGUCUGAAGGGCCGAAACGGAGGGACUCUCCAUCCCACACAGGAAAUGAAAUGCAGAAACAGUCCAAGCAAAGAAAAGUCCCUGUCGAGGAUGGAGUCGUUACAAUCGACUGCGCCCCUUACUGUCGCAAAAUAGGCCUGCAUCGUCCCCCUUUCAGAUACGUGUGGUGCGUGAAGGAUAUAUGUGGUGUGAUAUGUGCUAUAUUCACAUGGCUGCUGAUUCUGUACGCGGAGUAUGUAGUGAUGUUCGUCAUGCUGCUGCCCGGUCACAACAUUCUCUACAGUCUGGUCCAUGGGAUCCUGUAUAACUUGUUGGCGUCCCUGGCCAUCGGGUCUCAUCUACGAACAAUGUUCACCGAUCCUGGUGCAGUACCGAAGGGUAACGCGACGCAGGAGAACAUCCUUCGUCUGGGGCUGAAGGAGGGAGAGGUGGUCUUCAAAUGCCCAAAGUGUAUCAGCAUCAAACCAGAGCGCGCACAUCACUGCAGUGUGUGUCAGCGAUGUGUGCGCAAAAUGGACCACCAUUGUCCUUGGGUGAACAACUGUGUGGGCGAAAACAAUCAGAAAUAUUUCGUACUUUUUACCUUGUAUAUUUGUUUGAUAUCAAUCCAUGCCUUGUACCUAGCCAUCAAUCAUUUCAUCAGCUGUCUGGGCAGUGACUGGAAAGGACUCAUGGCUGACAGUGAACCAUUCCUGAAAAGAAUCCUAAUGGAACAUGAAGGGUUACUCACUCACUCUCUCUCACCAGGAUGCUCUGGACUGUCUCCUCCAGCGACUACCAUUUUACUAAUAUUCCUGAUAUUUGAAGGCCUUUUGUUUGGCAUCUUCACAGCAAUAAUGUUUGGUACACAGCUGUCCGCUAUCUGCACUGAUGAAACAGGCAUUGAGCAGCUGAAGAAGGAGCAGGCAACGUGGGAUAGGAAGUCCAAGUGGCUGAGCAUCAAGGCUGUAUUUGGUCAUCCCUUCUCUGUGGAAUGGUUCUCACCCUUCGCAACGCCGAGAUUUGUGUACCAGCAAAACUUUAUGUAUGCAGUGUAGGUCACCAGGCUGUUCAUGUGGACUGGUUGCCACACAGGUAACCAGCAGUGUCCACGGUUGAAACUGCCAAGCGUCCUUCACCAUCUGAUGGUAUACUGUCAUCAAUAUGUCAUUUAUAUUCAGGUUCUACAAAGCAUCAAAGGAAUUUUACAAGGUUGUAUUGAAGUAAUGAUCACGCAAAAUAUUCAGGUGUUUAUUCACUGCUUCAAAAGGAUGGGAUUUUGAAGCAUUUUGAGUCAUCAAGUCAUGUGGGUGUUGAAGGACUUCAAUGGAGUUGGCAAAAGAAUUGUGUUUGAAGCACAUCAUCAGAAAUCAAGCUCUUCAGCAGUUGUCAAGAAACUUAGGUUAUGAAGCAAUUCAAAAGAGUAUCAUUGAGAAAACUGGGAUUUGAAGCACUUUAACAGAGUAAUCGCAUAGCUAUUCAACCAAGUGUCAAGAAACAGAUGUCCAUUGUAAGAAGCACAAGUAUUUGUGAUUUGAGGAAACCACAGAGAAUGUCCUUGUUCAUUCUCUGGAAGCAAUAGACAUCAUAUUGUGGGCUAAACAAUUUGAACACUAAGCGAAGAUUGCCUGUGUGAUGAGUCAAACACAGCGUGUAACUGAUAUGAAGGAUGCAUAAAUCGUAGAUGCAGCAUUCUGUUUACUGGAAAACAUUGUUACAAAUGAUUGACUAUCUUACUGAUUGAGAAACUUUGUUAAGUGCCAUUGGAUCCUGGAGAUUUUUCACACUUUCACUGUUUUUGAAUAUAUUUUUAGUAAGAGUUUUUUCUUAAUAUUAAAUGUGGAACAAUACCAUCUGUGAAACUAAUCCCAAAUUAUUUGAGUAUUAAGUUUGAUUUUAUAUCUAUCUGAAGUUUGAUUUUAACCAGAUCUUUUCAGUAAUCACGAAAGCACAUGACAUCUGUUGUAGCAUGACAUCAUCUCAUUCCAGUGUGACAUCAUAGCAUUCCAAAGUGAGGCCAUGUCUGUUGAGAUAGAGUGCAAUGGACAAUUAUCAAUAACUUCAGUAUUUGGCAAUGUCAGUGAACAUUCAUUGUCUUAGGAUUUUGUAUUGUGGGGUAUUUGUUGCCUGAAUACUUAAGCAAUUUGAAAUUUUGAUUUUCAUAAUUCCAUAUGUUCCAAAUUAUACUUAUCUGAGCAUUGGAUACUCAGCACCAGUCAGAUCUGAAAACACUGAAUGUUUGGCUGCUAGUUGAUCAGACUAGACUUUAGCCUUCAAGAAGGGUCAGGUUAUUUCAUUUUGCUCUUGCAUGUAAACAGUCAAAAAAGUGUAUGAAAGAUGUUGGCCAACACAAAUGAAGUGGCUUUUGCAGAUUCUGAACAUUGUUCCCAUAUGAUAGUCAUGAAAACACAAGUGUCAAAGAUUUGGAGAUUAUUAGGAACAUCUCAGGCUGAUGUCCGUUGUGAAUGUAGGAAAUAUUAUCAUACAGUAACACAACACCGAGAUGUGAAAUUUCUUCUCAAGACACAGGGCAGCACAUGGCAUUUUUAGUAGGAUUGUGGAAUGGUACUUGCCUGACAUAAACUGUAACUUUGAAAUACAUUAUGAAAGCUAUUUGAACAAGUCAGUUUUCAGGGUUUGAAGUGAUGCGCAAAUGUACAGAAUGGAAUCAGAAAUCCUGACAUACUGCAUCCAGAGAGACACACAAAAUACCAAGAACGUACCUACAGUAAAUCAACAGUGUGUGUUAUUUCACCCAUCAGUCAUGAACACUGUCCACAUGACCACUGAUUCAUUCCAGGCUCUGAAGUAAUCGGGAUUGG